UUUCUUCCACUUUUCGAGCCGACGCGACGGACAGUUCAUGCGAUAGCGCCGAACACCACUCCAGUAACCGUUCAGCAAAGCGUUAUCUCCCCCAAAACCUCACACCUAACUGCAACUUGAAACCAUUAAUACAUAUUCUCACUACCUUCCGUGCUGAUUCCACCAACGGAUAGCGACCCGUCAAUCUCCCAACACAGCGGACUACUGCUCACCCGCCCACUAUGCCGGACGAGGAACCCACGCUCAACAUUCCUUCCCUCUUAACUCUCGCCGUAGUCUCGUUCUUCGUGAUUCGAUGGUUUUUCAAGCGUGAUGACGACAACAGCGCGCUCGGUGGCUCGCGCGGCCGCGCCCGCGGAAAUGUCGUUGACCCAGCACAAGUCGAACAAAUAUCCCAGAUGUUCCCGCAGCUCAGCACGCGCGAGAUUAUGUGGGAUCUACAGCGGAAUGGCGGCAACGCGGCUGCGACGACUGAGCGCGUUCUCUCGGGGAGGGGCUUAGACGCGCCUCCUCCAUCUUUCCAACCAUUAAUUGCUAUUCCGCCCACCGGUGUCCCCGCCCAGCCUGCGCCUUCAUCCGCGCCGUCUAAAUCUGACGGGCAAGACUUGAUUACACGGUACAACCUGUCCGCGAAGAUCGCAGAGGCUGGCGGUGCUGAGCCUGAGUCUGGGUCUGAUUCGAAACCGUCAGCUGGAGGCUGGUCGCAGAAUAAGGAGGAACGGCAGCGCCUGCUACAGAAGCGGAGAGAUGACAUGAUUCUGGCUGCGCGAAGGAGGAUGGAAGCGAAGCAACAACAGCAGCAGAGUGCCCAAUAG